CGUCAGUUUACUGAAAGUGAAAUUCAACGUUCCCGCCAUGAUGUUUGAUGUUUCUGUUCAUCGUCAAAUGACAUUUAGUGAUUUACUUGUGACAUUUUGUAAAUUAAAUAGAUAAUCGCCAUGUCAAAACGGCAUCAUCCAGGUGGCCAGGGUUCUGGUGUGGUGAAAAAAAGACUAAAAGAACGACACAGAGAUCAGGAUGAGUCUGACGAUGACAUUAAUCAAUCACAGAGACCCGAUUUCUCUCUCAAUCAAGAAGCAGAUGUUGGAAUUAUCGAGAAAGUAUCCUUAAAAAACUUCAUGUGUCACAGUCGCUUGGAAGUGAACUUUGGUCCACAUGUCAAUUUUAUCGUAGGAAGAAAUGGAAGUGGAAAAAGUGCUGUGGUUACGGCAUUGGUUGUUGGUCUUGGAGGAAAGGCAUCAGUAACAAGUCGAGGAAGCACCAUCAAGGGAUUUAUUAAAACUGGGAAACAGACUGGAGAAGUUGAAGUCCGCCUUCGUAAUCGAGGUUUAGAUGCAUAUAAACCACAUAUGUAUGGUGAUACCAUUAUCGUCCAACGCAAGUUCACCAGAGAUGGAGUCAGCAAAUAUGUUUUGAGAUCUAAAAAAGGAAAUUUGGUAUCUGACAAACGUGAUGAGCUUAACCACAUCUUGGAUCAGUUUAACAUCCAAGUUGACAACCCAGUCGCCAUUCUCAACCAGGAGACGAGUCGUAACUUCCUCAAUUCCAAAAGUCCUAAAGACAAAUAUAUGUUUUUUCUGAAAGCUACUCAACUGGAGCAGAUGAGAAUUGAUUAUUCAGCAGCAAAUGAGCAGAAGGCAAUCACCAUGGAGAUUAUUAGUCAGAAAGAAAAAACAUUACCGUCACUGGAACGGGAGGUGUUGGAAUGGGAGCAGAAAUUUAAAGCCCUUGAUGCUUUGGAAGAGCUGCGAGAUAAAGUUAAAAAACUCAAACAUGAGAUGGCCUGGGCUUUUGUCUGUGAAAAAGAAAAGGGCCUGGAUCCUUUAGUGAAAAAGCUACAGCAAGAAGAUAAUCGGAUGCCUAAGUUUGUUUCAAAAGCUGAGGAAGCUAAGAAAAAGGUGGAGGAAACAACUGAAAAGCACAAGCAUAUAGAAGAGCAGAUCCGGGUGGUAACAGAAGAACUGAAAGCAUUAGAGCCAUUGAUUUCUGAAGCUAAACAAGAAGUCAAAAAGAAUAAAGAGAAAACAAAGAAAGCAGAGAUGGAUGUCCGAAAAGCAGAGAAAGAAGUACGUACUGCAACUCGGGACAGAAAUCAAGUAUUGGAAAGAAUCAAGGAGCUAAAACAAAGUGCUCAGCAUGAUUACGAGAAAGACCGUUUGGAGAGGGAAGAAAAGAUUUCAGCCCUGGAAGAGAGACUGCAGUCUUUGGAUGCUCAACAGAAAGUCACCCAGCACCAGCAGGAACAGUUCCAUAGUGCUGUGAGCAAAUACAAAACAGAUUUGUAUAAUCUACGUCGAGAUGAACAGGGAAUGCAGCAGAACAUAAAUCAGAUAAAAACUCAACUCCAGACUUUGAAUGCUGCCAAGGGAAACCGUUUGAAGAGAUUUGGAGCUUACAUUCCUAACGUUCUGAAAAAAAUUGAUGAAUUCACACAAAAAGGCCUUUUCCACAAGAAACCAAAAGGACCCAUAGGAGCGUGUUUUCAGCUGAAAAACCCACAGUUUGCCCUGGCUGUGGAGACGUGCCUGCGUUCUCUGCUGUAUUCAUUCUGCUGCACAGACUACCAUGACGAGAAGGUGCUGCAGGAAAUUUUUGAGAAAACUAACAAGGAUGGUCCCCGUCCCGCUAUUAUUGUCUCAAAGUUCCAUGACCGUAUUCAUGAUGUCUCAAGAUUUAAAGCCAGAAGUAAACAUCCCACAGUGUUGGACAUGAUUGAUGUAGAUGAUCCAGUGGUGGCGAAUAUCCUCAUAGAUCAGAGAGGUAUUGAAAGUGUCAUCCUGAUUGGUGACAACAAAGAAGCACGGAAGCUGAUGCAGCACAGUCCACCCCAGAACUGUAGGGAGGCGUUUACAAAAGCAGGAGAUCAACUGUUCAGCAGUCCUACAUUCCGAUACUACUCAUCAAAUAGCGAUAAGGCCAAUCUGCUGAUGGCAAACGUAGAAGAUGAAAUUGUUAACUUGCAAAACGAUCUUCGAAACAUGGAAAAAGAAUACGAAGCCCUUCAGCAGUCUAGCCACAAGUUGAAUGAGGAAAUUCGCAAAAAUUCUCUCGAAGAGAAGCGUUGUGAAACUCAAAUCAUGAAAAUAGGAGAUGCUAUGAUGAAACUCGGAUGUGAAAUAUCUGACUUGAAAAGUGUGGAAGAUCCCGCUCCAAUAGAUGUGACAACUUUGGAAGAAGAAGUAGAACAUUACACUGAGCAAAUCACCACACUGGAGGAACGAACCGGGUCGACCAAGGAGAUGUACAUGCGAUAUAAAGCUGAGUUAGACCAGAGUGAAGUGGCUUUCAAGCAGGUGGAAGAACGGCUUAAAGCUAAAACUGAUAUUGCUGAGCCUCUUGAGGAAGAGGAGGGGCACACUCGUAAUGAAAUAGAACUGGCGAAGAGUCAUCGCAAACAUUACGAGUCCAAGCUCAAAGAUCACCAGAAACUUGUUAAUGAUCUCAAGAAAAAGGUGGAGGAGUUCAAAGAAGAAAUUGAGAGUGAUAUAUUGAAAGCAACUCAGAUCUGUGCAGAGCGCAUUAAGACUCGGCGCACAGCCCAGAACCUCGAGAGUGAGAUAAACCAGAUUCAUAAGAGGAUUAAAGCAGAAGAGAAAAGCCGAGGAAAUCCUGAAGAAAUCACUCGGAAAUACCACGAGACUCAAGAAGUGUUUAAGAAAAUCCGAGUCGAAGUUAAUCAUCUUUGUAAAUUUCUUGAGCUACUUCUAAAUUCUCUUCAAAUUCGAGAGAAUGGCUAUAAAUUUAUUCGAAAGAGUUACUCUUUACGAACAAAGACUGCUUUUUGCCAGUUUGAUUUCAGCGCUAGACACAGUGCUAAAUCUCCUGGUUUAAAAAUGUCAAUAGACCAUGAUCGUCAAGAAAUUAUUUUGAAAGUUCAGCCCACAAAGUCUGCGGGUGAUGGGCCCAAAGAUCUGAAGUCGUUGUCUGGUGGGGAGCGAUCCUUCUCCACCGUUUGUUUUAUUCUCGCUCUGUGGGACGCAAUGGAAUCUCCAUUCAGAUGUCUUGACGAGUUUGAUGUGUUUAUGGACAUGGUGAACCGAAGAAUCUCCAUGGACAUGAUGAUGGAGGUGGCUAAAGUGCAGACAGGACGCCAGUUCAUCUUCUUAACACCACAAGACAUGAGUCAGCUGAAUAUUUGUAAAAACUUCAGAAUUUUCCGAAUGCCUGACCCAGAUAGAGGUCAAGCAACACUGCCAUUUAGACCAGAAGGAGAGGAGGAAGAAACAAAUCAAGAAUAGCAUAAUUACUUGUGAUAAAAAAUGCUAGAAAGACUGAGUUUGCGUGCCGGCCUGAUUGAAUUGUCAUGCUAUCAAUACCUGCAAUUUCAGAAAGGAAGUGAGGACACACAUCGUUUAGUGCUAAACAUGCUUGAGGUUUUGGCUCAUGAAAUGAACUCUAAGGACAGUUUGAAUGCAUAAAGGUUCCUGGUGGUAUUAAAACAAAUGGACUCUCAUUCUAUCACAUUCCCUCCACCCAUUACAUAAUCAUUUCUAUAAUAGCUCAUGGAAGAUCCUCACAUUGAAGGUGAUGAUGUGUGUAGAACUCGGACAUCAUUUUGGCUGUGUUGUGUGUUGUGUGUUGUACUGAUUUGAGUCUCGUGCAACAAACCUUUCUAUCAUUCCUGUGCAAUUUUUUUCAAUUUCACAAAAAUACGAGAUAUUUUCUUUGUGAUGAACGAUGCAAUUAAAGUGAUUUUAGAGCAAUGCUCAUGAUGCACCAAGUGUGGUUUUCAUAAUGUGCUUUGAACUGGAAGUGCAUGUUAUGACAUUAAUCGUUGACACACUAGCUGCUGAAAUAGCAUCAAAGCAAACUAAUAUGACGUCAUAACUGGAACUGAACAGAACAGCAUAUUGUCAUUGAUGCCAAGAAUUAAAAUCAAACAGAACUUCCAUAUAGAGAAGUGGAAUGGGUUCCAAGGGAAUCGAAGUAUAAGUGCUGCUGAGUUAACAUUAUGCUUCAGUAUGGACAUGAAGGUGAAAAUAUCUAUUGAUAAUCAACGAAACACAAGAAAUAGAGAAUUUGUAUGUGCACCAAUAUAGGCCUACAUAGGUCAUGGGAUUAAGUCUAAGAAGGCAAGAUGUUUGUGAAUUUUCUCCAAGGAUAGCUGGUUUUAGAAUCAAAAGGUGUCAAUUGUUGCUCUAGUUAACGUUUUGCCCAUUUGUAGCAAAGUACUGUGAUACAUAUUGCCCAUUUCAGAAGUGUAGAGUAGUUUUUAAGUUUAUAGGAACAUUAUUAGAUGACUA